AUGGCCGAGGCAAAGCAGCAAUAUUCAAUUCGGACCAAAGCCAAUACAUCCCUGUCCACAUUCAAGGACUUCGUUCAAGACCUAGAUCAAGGAAAAGGAAAACAGGAGACACCUCAAUACGUCCGACACCAGAUCUACGUGACAUCCCUGAGCGAUUCCCAGGCAGAGGAGGUCCGCAAGAAAGACUUUGUCCUCUUUGUUGAACCGAUAAGUGACACGACGCCGCUCAAUUACACCCGUGCCGCCCCUAAGCUUCGGCGUGCUUUCCCUAAGCCUAACGUUCAUCUGCCCACUUUCAAUGAAUCAUCUCCUGCAAAGACCAAACGCGAUGGAUCGGUACCCAAUCAGUUACAACUACUGUCCUGGAACAGAAUGGGCAAACCUCCGCCAGAAACGAGAUAUAGGCAGGAUAAGAGGAAGGGAAAGGGUGUCACCGUCUAUAUCCUGGAUACUGGCUUUAAUCUUCGCCUCAGAGAGCUUGCGCCGAGAGAUCGAACCGUCAAACACUAUUUCCCACCCGAUUAUCUCACUCCUGUUUCAGGCCAUGGCCUCAGACGCCGUCGAGUAAACAUUGACGACCGCGACAAUCAUGGAAGCACAAUGGCCGUUGUCACUGGUGGGGUAACCAUGGGCAUUGCCUCCAAGGCCAAUCUUUAUUUGAUCAAGAUUGGGCACGACUACAAAGACGAGGACGGAAACAAUGAAAUUUUGACCACCCCAGCAACAUGGCAAAACGUCCUGGACCAUGUCAUUUUCGACCUUGGCCGCCGUGCAGAAAACCCGGAGCCAGGAGACGACUUGAAAUCUGUCGUAACCUUCGCUAUGGGAACUGACACCUUUUUGCCACCCCUGGAUUUGAUAGUUCUCGAUCAUGAUGAUGACCAUGACCAUGUGUACACUGCCAUGGUCCAAGAGUUUUACGACGACCUUGCCACGUACGAUGUCGUCGCCGUGUGCAGUGCUGGAAACGACGCCCCCUACGGCAGAACACUCCAAGACUAUUAUUUCUCCGCUCUUUCGACAGAAGACAACGUUGCAAUGCCCGUUGGCGGAAUCAAUAUGGAUGGAACCCUCUAUGACUUCACUCCGCCCGAUGCCGGUGGCGCCAAAAAGGUUGUUUAUGCCCAGGCUACAGAUUUGGAUCUCAUGCUUGCCGAUGGAACUAUGGAAUGGGGUGCGGAUGGCGGUGUUAGUACACCGACCCAGAUUGUGGUAAGUCAAUUUUUAUCUCCCUUGUCCAGCCCCACCAGCACGCUGAUAUAG